AUGCGGAAUAACUUCUAUGACGCUGCUGUGGCGUCGAUCAUCGUUUCGACGUUUGCACUAGUCCUUGCUGUUUUCUCGGUACCAAUGCUCUUCCAUAAAUCAGAUAAUGUACUGCAGGAAAUUUCAAUGCAGUCUGAUGGAAUCAAGGCAAAGUCUGAUAUGAUUUGGAAUGAAUUGAUGGAGAUUAGACAAGGUGGCUCAGCACCCGGAAUUCAGUUCUUCUCGCGUAAACCAAGAAGUAACUGGAUGGGCGGAGCGUUCUGUAAAGGAUGCUUCAUGCUCUCCUGCCCACAAGGACCACCAGGACCACCAGGAGCUCCAGGACCAGAUGGACAACCAGGAGAUGCUGGAAGACAAGGACGUUCUGGAGAUGAUGGUUUCGAUAUUCAACCUGAAUCUGAGCCAGAGCUUCCAUGUGUUAUCUGCCCAGCCGGGCCACCAGGACCACGUGGUGCUCAAGGAGAGAGAGGAAUGACUGGAAAUCCAGGAAUGAAUGGUAUGCAAGGAACCAUCGGAAUGGAAGGUGUCGAUGGAGGCCCGGGAUUGCCGGGACCACCAGGACCAAAGGGAGAACGAGGACCAUUAGGACCAUAUGGAGCACCUGGAGACACUGUGAUUGCUGGAGUUGGAAUCAAGGGACCACCAGGGCCACCAGGACCACAAGGAAUGAAGGGGCCACCAGGGCCAGGCGGAAAGGGAUCCAACCAACCAGGACAACCAGGACAGCCAGGAGAGAUUGGAGGAAUUGGAAAGACCGGAAAGAUGGGAGGAUACGGUAUGGAAGGACCACCAGGACCACCAGGAGACCCAGGAAUGCCAGCUUCCUACUGUCCAUCUGACUGUGGAGUUCAGCCAAUUCUCACUGAAAUGUUCCCAACACCAUUCACCCCAGUUGCUGGAUACUCUAACAUGCAAAGACCUGCAGCUGCAUCACGACCAGUUGCUCAGCCAGAGUAUGCUGCUGAGGGGUCUGCUCCAGCUCAUCUUCCACAUACUGGUUCAGCGAACGCCGCUGCUGCUGAUUACGGAUCUGCUCCAGCUCCACAACAACAUCGUAAGAGCCACCGUCACCGCCCAUCUCACCACACCGAAGAGCAAGGAUCUAUUGACGCUAGCCGCUCUCACAACGCUCCAGAAUACGCCGACGGAGCCUCGCCAUCCCACUUGCCACACCACAAACAGCCCCACACUCCUUCUCAUAACUAUGCUGAGUCAGAAAUUGGAACCGACACUGCUGCCGCCGACGCCUACGCUAACAGAAUGCACGACUUCCAGGACUUUGAGAGGAAGUGGCGCAGAAAGCUUCUUCAGAGAAGGCUCCGCAUGAUGAAGAGACAGUAG